UAGUGUUCCCUCUCUGUCCCUGGCCUCCAAUCCUCUAACUAACCUAGGAAAACACUCUCCUCAGGAUAGCAUACCGUCUGACAGACAGACCAACUUCCCUCACUAGGUGUGUGGUUAACCAGCUGCAGCCAUGUGUGACCAGACGUUUGUGGCCAUCACCUUCGGGCCGUGUGAUAGCUGCUCGGAGAACCGCCCCUUGAUGAACCUGUACAUCAAGACUGAACCCAUCAACUACUGCUCACUAUGCAUGGAGAUUAUGGCGUGCCAGGGCCUUGCGAGCGGCGAAACUCUGAAGUCGCUGAAGGCGGAGAGCGAGACGCUGAGGAAGAAGCUCGAGGAGGAGCGGAAGAAGCUGCACGAUGUGGAGUUGGAGAAGGUAGCUGAGAAGGCAGAAGCUCUGGGUGAGUUAAACAUGAAGACUAGGAGGACACUGAAGGGCCAUGGCAACAAGGUGCUCUGUAUGGACUGGUGCAAAGACAAACGACGCAUUGUCAGCUCCUCACAGGAUGGGAAGGUUAUCGUGUGGGAUGCUUUCACCACCAAUAAGGAACAUGCAGUGACCAUGCCGACUACGUGGGUGAUGGCGUGUGCCUACGCCCCCUCUGGCUGUGCCAUCGCCUGUGGGGGAUUGGAUAAUAAGUGUUCGGUGUACCCUCUCUCAUUGGACAAGGACGAGAACUUGGCGGCUAAGAAGAAGUCGGUUGCCAUGCACACCAACUACCUGUCCGGCUGCACAUUCACCAACUCUGACAUGCAGAUCCUGACGUCCAGUGGUGACGGUACCAGUGCGCUGUGGGACGUGGAGAGUGGUCAGCUGUUGCAGAGUUUCCACGGUCACUCUGCUGAUGUCCUCACUCUGGACCUCGCCCCCUCUGAGACUGGAAACACCUUCGUCUCCGGGGGUUCUGAUAAGAAGGCUAACGUUUGGGACUUGCGCUCAGGGCAGAACGUCCAGUCGUUUGAUACCCACGACUCUGACAUCAACUGUGUCAAGUACUACCCCAGUGGCGAUGCUUUUGCCUCUGCUUCUGACGACUCUACAUGCCGUCUGUUUGAUCUCAGGGCUGAUCGUGAGGUGUCCAUCUACUCCAAAGACAGCAUCAUAUUUGGAGCCGCCAGUGUUGACUUCUCUCUUAGUGGUCGUCUGUUGUUUGCUGGCUAUAAUGACUACACCAUCAACGUGUGGGACGUCCUGAAGGGGACCAGAGUAGCCAUCCUGUUUGGUCAUGAAAACAGAGUCAGCUCACUCAGAGUCUCUCCUGAUGGAACCGCUUUCUGCUCUGGGUCCUGGGACAACACUCUACGGAUAUGGGCCUAGAGCUGCUGUGAUGUCAUCAGAGCGAGACCGAACCGCUGGAAGUCAGGGGUCAGAGGUUAAGGGUCAGGACCAGAGUCAUGUGACCAGUAGACCCAGAGUGCCCCUGGAGCACACACUGCCGCAGAAAGAGUCUGCCUAUAGAAACUCUAUUAAGUUACACACACACAAUAAUAAACUAUCUAGGUUUGGCUCCCAGAAACUAUUUAUUUGAUUGAAGUUGGACUAUACCAAAUGCUCAUCAGGUCAAUGUUUAUACACCCUAGUCCCCCUUUAAACCCCUGUUACCUGCUUCACAGUCUGUAGUUUACCAGUCAGUCAGUCUGCCCAGAGUCUAACAAUCGCUCAGAUCGAAAGUGCAAUACUACUGUUAUAUACAAUCAGACCAUAGACUGUGGUUAGCCAGAGAGGGAGAAAGAGGGAGUGUUUGAAAUAUUGUUAAUUUGUAAUCAUAGUGUUCUUCUUGUGAAAUAAAUACAUGUUAUUUAAAUGAUUGAUGAA